UAACCAUGUUUGGCAGGAGCCGCAGUAGCUACGAUGUUUCCAACAAGGAGCAGAAGAAAAUCCUUGCCGAUAUAGAAUCCGGCAAUCAGAGAUUUGGGCGAAAGUUUUUGACCAGAUCAACAUCCAAGCGUGGGAACUUCAACCACAACCCAAACAACACCAACAACCACGAAAACAACAACGACGCAGCCACCCCCGUCGCUGCUGCAGAGCCUGCUCCUGAACCCCGUCAAGAGCCUGCUCAAGAAGACCGCCGUGGACGCAAGUCGACCAACUCUCAACGCCCCAAGAUUGGAAAGCGUACGAGCAGCAUGAAACGUGCCUACAACUACUUCUUUGGCGGCGUCGAUCCCAAGCACCAGCAGCCUGCCUCUCCCACUUCUCCAGUUACCUCGCCCGUCAAUGCCGAGGCUACAAAGACUCCGGGCAAGGACAAUGUUGGUGUCGAUACCCCGCCCGACACACCAGCCCAGGCUACACACAAUGGAGAGAAUGGAAUCAGGCUCGUAAAAUCCGACACAGUAGAUGCUGAUGCUGCCCCAGAACCUGCCGAUCCCACCGACGAUGAUACCCCCGAAGAGAAAGCGAAGAAGCUCCAAGCCAAGAUCGACAAACUCCGAUCCGAACUCAACGAAGCCAACGAUACCGUCAAGCGACAGGAUGAUACCAUCGCUGGUAUUGAGGGAGAGUUCAAGGAGCGCGAGCAGGCUCUCGAGUCCGAGAAGAAAACCCUUGAGGAGCACAUGGUCAGUAUCGUCGUGCAACAGGUCCGUGAGGCCAAGGCAACCGAACGUGACACGGUUAUGGAGGAGUGCAAGGAGGAGUUCAAGGUCAAGGAAUCUGAGCUUCUUUCAAAGAUCGAGACCUUGGAGAAGAAGAUUGCUGAGCUGGAGAACACAAUCGCCGGCUUGCAAUCCGAGAAGGGUGAUUUGGUUCCCAAGUCCGACGUCGAAGCCAAGCAGAGCGAGAUCGAAACCCUCACCUCCGACAAAGCUUCAACCGAGGAAUCGCUUGCCAAAGCCAACUCGGAACUCGAGCAACUGAAGAACUCCAGCGCUACCUGGGAACAAGAAAAGUCUUCCCUCGUCCCCAAAACCGAUCUCGAGGCAAAGGAGAGCGAAAUUGCCACCCUUACCUCGGAGAAGGCUACAACGGAGGAGUCUCUUGCCACCGCCAACGCCGAGUUGGAGAAGCUCAAAGCUUCGAGUGCUGGCUGGGAGGAGGAGAAGGCGUCUCUAGUCUCCAAAGCUGACCUUGAAGCCAAGGAGUCCGACAUUGCUGCCCUCACUGCAGACAAGUCCAAGGCGGAGGAGUCCCUUGCCAAGGCUACUGCUGAGUUGGAGCAACUCAAGUCUUCCAGCGCUGGAUGGGAGGAGGAGAAGGCAACUCUCGUUCCCAAGACUGAUGUCGAAGCGAAGGAGAGUGAGAUCGCUAAGCUCACCAGCGAGCUCGAAGAACUCAAGUCCUCUAGCGCCACCUGGGACCAGGAGAAAUCGUCGCUUGUUCCCAAGGCCGACCUUGAGGCUAGUGCUAAUGAGCUUUCCACUGCUCAAGGCAAGAUCGCUGAGUUGGAAAAGGAUCUCAAGGAUUCCAGCAGCAAAUUUGAGGAGGAGAAGGCAUCUCUUGUUCCCAAAUCUAACCUCGAUGCCAACGCCGCCGAACUUGCCAACGCUCAGGCCAAGAUUACUGAGCUUGAGGCUUUGAAGGCUUCCCACGCCGAGGAACUUUCUGUCGUACAAGCCAAGAUCACAGAGUUGGAGGGAUUGCAAACCUCCGGCGCGGACGAGAUCACUGCCGCCAAGGCAAAGAUUGCCGAACUGGAGGAAGCUGUCAAGACUGCAGAGCUCUCCAAGGGUGACGCUGAGGAGUUGGGCGCAAAGAUCGCCUCCCUCGAGAAAUCCCUCGCGGAGAAAGAGAGCGACGCCAAAGAUUUGAACGCCAAGAUCUCUGAAUUGGAAGAGCUCAAGGCUUCGAGCGCUUCCGAGGUUUCCAGCGCCCAGGCAAAGAUCACCGAGCUCGAAGAAAAGUCGAAAGCUGACGCUGAGGCCCUUGCCCAAUCCGAAAAGAAGGCUUCUGAGCAUUCCGAGGAAAUCACCAGCGCUCAGGCCAAGAUUGCUGAGCUCGAGAGCUCCAAAGGCGAUGCUGCGGAGUUGGCUGCUAAGAUCACCGACCUCGAACAGCAGGUCAAGGACAAGACCGCCACCGCCGAGGAAGCUUCCACGAAGCUUGCGGAUCUUGAACAGCAACUCAAGGACAAGUCGGCCAGCGCUGACGAGUCUUCCACCAAGCUCACUACAUUGGAGGAGCGAUUGAAGGAGAAGACCACUGCUGCCGACGAAGCUUCUUCCAAAGUGUCUACGUUGGAGGAGCAGCUCAAAGAGAAGGCCACAACUGCUGAUGAAGCUUCUUCCAAGGUGUCUGCUCUGGAGGAACAGCUCAAGGAGAAGACGACUUCUGUGGAUGAGGCUUCUGCUAAACUUGCCGAACUCGAGAAGCAACUAGAGGAGAAGACAGCCGGUGCCAACGAUGCCACUGCCAAGGUUGCCGAACUCGAACAGCAAUUGAAGGAGAAAUCUGGCAGCGCUGAUGAGUCCUCUGCUAAGCUCGCCGAGUUGGAGGAGCAGCUUAAAGCGAAGGCCAGCGAAUCUGAAGAGCUUACCUCCAAGGUGAACGAACUGGAGGGCCAGAUCAAGGAGAAGGCUGGCAGUGCCGAUGAACUCAGCACCAAGGUCGCUGAAUUGGAAAAGCAACUCAAAGACCAAACCGACGAGCUCGCUGAAGCCAAGAAGGGCGCCGAAUCAUCCAAGGAGUUGGACGCAAAGAUCUCUGAGCUUGAAAACUCUCUCGCCGCAGCCAAGGCCGACGUUGAAUCGAAGGAAUCUGACCUUGCCGCCAAAACCAAAGCUCUUGAGGAGGCCGAAGGUCUGAACAACAAGAUCCAGUCUCUCGAAGAAUCCAUCAAGGCUUCCGAGGAGAAGGAGAAGGCUGCUGGUGCUGAGUUGGAGAAGGUGAAGGGUGAAUUGGAGAGCAAGACUGAAGCCCUGAAGGCAGCCGAAUCAGCCCAGGGUGAGGUCGAGAUACUCAACGCCAAGAUCGCUACUCUCACCACCGACGUCGAGAAGCACACGGCCGAGCACGAGUCAACCAAAGGCCUUCUCAGCGCUGCUGAAGAAUCCAAGACUGCCGCCGACAAGGCUCUCGCUGAUUUGAAGGAGGCCACGUCCGGUCAUGAAGCAGCACUUAGCGCCGAAAAAUCCUCCCACGAAGACACUGCCUCGAAACUCAAGGCGCUUGAGACCGAGAAGAGCGAAGUGGAGGAGAAGUUGAAGGCCGCGUCUGAUGCUUCUGGUACCAACGACGCAAAGCUUGCCGAGCUUCAGUCUCAAGUCGACACCCUGACCACUGAGAAGGGUUCCAAGGAGACUGCACUUUCCGAGGCGGAAUCCAAAUUGACCAAGUUGGAAGAGGAACUCAAGACUGCCCAGUCUGCGUCUGACGAUGCGAACAAGACCCAGGAGGAGUCGGAGAAGAAGGUUCAAGAGGCACUUGCCAGCUCGAAGGAAUCAGAAGAAAAGGUCAAGGAGGCUGAGGCCAAGUUGGAGAAAGCUCUGUCUGAAAAGAAGGACCUGGAAGACAAGCUUGAGGCCGCUCAGAAAGCCAGCGCUGAGGCCCCCAAGACCAACGGUGCUGCUGCUGAAGAACCUGCAAAGGUCGAACCCACCGCAGAAGCGGCUCCAUCGGUAGAGCCAAGCGCCGACGUCGUUUCUGAGGAGUCGACCAAAGAGUCUGCUGCUCCUGAAACCUCCGAGCCAUCGGAACCCGCCGCUGAGCCCGCCGCCAAACCUGCUGAGGAGCCUGUUGCUGAAGCCGAGCCCCAGACUCUGAGCCGUUCCAAGAGCAAGAAGAAGAAGGGCAAGAAGGGCAAGAACAGCGUGUCUGAGCCUACCGAUGCCCCUGCUGCCGCAUAG